GAGACGCCAGCACAUCGUUUUGACCCUGUGGGCUUGCACUGUCCGAGCAGCCUCCCGUCCCGGGGGCGGAUAUUUGAGAAGAAACACCGUUUUCCACUAGCUAAACCCUACUGGACCAGGUCCAUCGGUCUGUCACCUCUGCAGCGGCACAAUUUCCCCGGUGCGCCGCUGAUUGAUUCGCGUCGACUACAGGUCAUCUACGAUCGCCUUAUCCUGCGAAAUUUGGACGUUCAAGACGAGGGUGUCUAUCGAUUUGGUUAUGAGUACGAACCGGACAAGUUCUCCACCCUCUGCUACUUUGCUGUCUACCUAAAUGACAAAUCUGUGGUAGCAGACUUUUUGGCGCGUUCGCCCAUACCCCUGAUUUUUAGACGACAUAGCUCUCUACCUAACUACCUACCCCCACCGCCUGCAGCCAAAACUACCUGUCAAGACGAAGGCAAGAAGACCGAGACUGAGGGGAUUUGA